AAUAAAUAACCAUAAAAAAAAAUAAAAUUAACAUUAAAUAAAUUAAUACAAAAAAUCUUAUAAAAAAGAGUCAUAAUGAAAGCCGACGACUUAACGCCCGCGGAAUUGCAGAUAUUCAAAGAAUUCUUUCAACGGAUCGACGUCGACAACGAGGGCGAAUUUUCGUUCAAGGAGCUGGGCACUGUUAUGAGGGCAAUAGGGGGCAUGGUCAGCGACUCUGAUCUGCAGGAUAUGAUCAAUGAGGCCGAUAUGCAUGGCAAUGGAUCGUUGACUCUUGAGGAUUUUGUUAAUGUUUUGUUGCGCAAAUUAUCGGAAAUUGAACACGUCGACGAUCUGAGGAUGGUCUUCAACUUAAUGGACAAAGACAAAGACGGGUAUAUUUCGACGACAGAUUUGCGUAAAAUUUUUGUCUCAAUUGGUUUUCAGCCGAGCGAUGAAGCACUCGAUGACAUGAUACGAGACGGAGAUACAGAUCAAGAUGGUGUCCUGAUAUUUGAGGAGUUCGUCAACAUGUUAACCAGCGUAAAGUGAUACUUCUGCAUUGGGAUCGUUUACUUAAUAAUUGUAUUAUUAUAGUCUGAGUAUUGACAAAUCGACCCCAGAGAUCAACGUUCAAAAUAAAUGCAGUAUAUAUGAGAAUAU